AUGAACUCGUUGUACAAUCUGGCGACGCGCCAGACGGCGGCCAUCCGCACGGAUGUCGAGUCGUACAGUGCGGAUCCGUCGAACUCGGCACGCAGGGCUCAGAUAAAUGCCGCAUUCACUACCGUUCUCAAAACCAUCGAGGACUACGAGGGAAUGGCGAAGCGCGAGCUGGUCGUCGCCAAGCGCGAAAAGGCGCUCAGCAGGGCAGACAACUUUCGCGCAGAGGUGAAGCAGCUGCGCGAGACAAUGGCACGCGCAGAUUCGGGGGGCGGGCGUGCUACUACGAUGGCAUGGCCUGCAACGCAGCCGGCCAUGGCGCCAAGGUCGCGCGUGGUCGACGGCGCGAGUGCCGCGCCGCAGGCCAUGGCUAGUGGCGCCGCGCCGCAGUACAUGGCAGGAGGCGCCGCGCCGUACCCGGUGCAAGACCACCGCCCGUCGUACCCGGCUCUCAGCCAGUACGCCCGCCCGACGCUGCCGGCCCAGUACAGCAUGCCGCCGACGCAGAUGCCGUACUCGUACGGCGCCGGACCGAGUCACGACCCGCUCGCAGCGUAUCGUGCUGCGCAACCGGACGCGCCGCUCGGAACCGACUCGCCGUACAGCAUGCGCGAGGGCCAUGCGCUGCGUGAGCACUCGUUUAUCCAGAACACCGAGGCGCAGCUCGAUGCAUUCAUUGCGCAGGGCCGCUCGGUCCUCGGGAAUCUGGUGGAGCAGCGUGGCAUCCUCAAGGGGACGCGCAAGCGCCUCUUGGACGCGGCCAACUCGGUGGGCCUGAGCCGCGAGCUGAUUGGUUUGAUCGACCGCAUUGGCGCGCAAGACAAGAUUAUCUUUAUCGUCGGCGCCGUAUUCACCUUGUUCGCCUUUUUCAUGAUUUAUCGUUGGUUCGGCUAG